AUGGGGAACCUUCCGUCGCCACAGCAAGUGGUGGACUUCAUCAAAACAAAAACCAAUAUCAACAGUGUCAAAAUCUUUGACGCGAAUCCUGACAUCCUCCGAGCCCUAUCAGGGACUGGAAUAGACGUCAGCAUUAUGGUCCCUAAUGGUAACAUUCCAGCGUUGGCUAGCGUUCAAAAUGCUCGUCAAUGGGUCGGUGCAAAUGUCUUGCCAUUUCACCAACAAACUAAGAUCAAAUACAUCUGUGUUGGGAAUGAGAUUCUUCUUACUAAAGACAAUAACUUGAUCUCAAAUCUUGUUCCGGCUAUGCAAAGUCUUUACGAAGCUUUGAAAGCUUCCGGUCUACCAGAUAUAAAGGUGACCACUCCACAUGCGUUUUCCGUAGGCUAUAACCAAAACGCACCAAGCGAGAGCAGAUUUAACAAUGAUCAAAAAGACUUUUAUACUAAGAUCUUGGAGUUCCAUCGUCAGGCCAAGUCCCCAUUCAUGUUCAACGCCUACCCGUAUUUCAUGGUGGACCCGAAGAAUGUCAACUACGCUAUGUUUGGUCCGUCAAAUUCUAUAACGGAUUAUAAAACCAAAAAAACCUACAACAACAUGUUCGAUGCAGUCAUGGAUGCAACUUAUUCAGGUAUCAGUGCUCUCGGCUAUGGGGAUGUAGAUAUUGCCGUAGGAGAAACUGGUUGGCCUAGUGCUUGUGAUGCCUCAUGGUGCACGCCUCAAAACGCAGCAAACUACAACAUUAACAUCAUCAAGCGUGCACAAAAUAUAGGGACACCUCUUAUGCCUAAUCGCCACAUAGAUAUAUACUUAUUCGCAUUGUUCAAUGAGGAUGGUAAAACCGGUUCAACCGCUGAGAAAAAUUGGGGGCUAUUCAAACCAGAUUUUUCUCCGGUUUAUGAUGCUGGGGUCCUACGAGGCGGUAAUACAGGUCCACCAACAAGUACACAUAGUAGUGGAAAAUGGUGUGUGGCGAAACAAGAAGCGACAGACAAACAACUACAAGCGAAUAUUGAUUGGGUCUGUAGCCAAGGUACUGAUUGCAAGGACAUCUCACCUGGGGGCAUAUGUUUUGACAACAACAACAUUAAGAGCCGAUCGUCAUUCAUCAUGAACGUUUAUUACCAAAGCAAAGGUGGCUCGGAAGAGGCUUGUAAUUUCAGCGGUAGUGGUGUCGUAACUAAUACCAAUCCAAGCACUGGCACAUGCGUUAUAAAAAACGUCGAGGAUGGUAAACCCGGUCCAACCGUUGAGAAAAAUUGGGGGUUAUUCAAACCGGAUUUUUCUCCGGUUUGUGAUGUUGGGGUCUUACGAGGUGUUACUGGAGGAGAUGCACAAAGCAACAAUGGAAAAUGGUGUGUGGCAAAACAAGAAGCCACAGACGCACAACUAGGAGCCAAUAUUGAGUGGGUGUGUAGCCAAGGUAUUGAUUGUAAGCCAAUCUCACCUGGUGGCACAUGUUUUGACGACAACAACAACAACAAUUUGAAGACACGAGUUUCGUUCAUCAUGAACGUUUAUUACCAAAGCAAGGGUAAAUCUGACGAGGCUUGUGAUUUCAGCGAUAGUGGCAUUGUCGUUACUACCACUCCAAACACUAGCACAUGGUAUAGACGUUUUGAGAAAUUCAGAAGUGGUUAG